AUUCAAUAUUUAUCAAACCUUCUCUAACAACUAACAGGAGUGGACAUUUCUUCAAAUUAGUUGAUGUUUGGUUGAUGAAUUAAAAGAUAUCAAAUUUUCCUAUGUCAUACAUAACAUAUCAUAUGUUAUGAUAUGAGGCCAAAUUAAAAAAAGUGGACUAAAAGGGAAGGGGAGAAUAAGAAAGAAGUUGGUAAAUGAGAGAAAAAGAAUACUCCACAUUAUUUAUUUGUAUCCACAGCCUUGGACAGAAUUGAAGGUGAAGAAAGCAAAUUCAAUGGAGUGGAAGAAUUAUUAUUUGGAUGUUAUAUUGGUUUCUUCUGGUCUUCUCUUAACCUUCGUUUAUCAUACUUGGUUAUGGUACAAGGUUAAAACUCAGCCACUCGCCACCUUCAUCGGAGUUAAUGCCGCCGUUCGACGCCGAUGGAUCUCUGCCAUGCUUGAGGACAUAGACAAGAAGAACAUUCUUGUAGUCCAAACCCUAAGGAACAUGAUAAUGGGUUCCAGCCUGAUGGCGACCACCUCGAUCCUUCUCUGCGCCGGGCUCGCCGCAGUCCUCAGCAGCACGUACAGCAUAAAAAAACCGCUGACGGACACCGUGUACGGCGCACACGGCGAGUUCACAUUGGCUCUAAAGUUCAUAAUAAUCUUAACCAUAUUCGUGUUAUCAUUCUUCUUCCACACCUUAUCAAUUAGGUUUAUGAACCAAGCCAGCCUUCUAAUAAGCGCCCCAUUGCAGCCCUUAUCUGUGCUAACAGAGCAACAUUUGGUGGAGAUUUUGGACAAAGGAUGUGUUUUGAAUAUCAUUGGAAAUAGAGUGUUCUAUUUGGCUCUCCCAUUGGUGCUUUGGACUUGUGGGCCUUUGCUUGUUUUCUUAGGGUUUGGAGUGAUGGUUUUUGUGCUUUAUAAUCUUGAUUUUGUGUGUAACAAGAGAAGUAGCAACAUUAAGUUCUCGAAUAACAUGAAUCAUGAGAUUGUUUGA